AUGCCAGUGGAUCGAACCCCGAAAGGUAAGCCUGCUGCUAAGGAAGCAGUUGAGGGCACAGGCAAGGAGAAGCAGCACGACGAGUCAGCAAUAUUCGAAGGAUUUGCAGAAUGGGAAAUCAGUGCUGAUUCCGAAACCGUGAAGGAAAUAACGUCGCUUUCCCGCCAGCGAGACCAGGUCACCAUGAAAGUAGUGCGUGUGCAAAGGGCGCUUGUUGCCGCUCGAAACUUGGUGAGCCUCUCACAACUCAGGACGUACAUGAAGAAUAUCGAUGUGGCCUACAACGAAUACAGCGCAGUGCAUAGCAAAAUGGUUGCUAUCAUUCCCCAAGAAAGUUUUCAACAGCAGGAGGAAGUUUAUGUCGCAUUUGAAGACCGAUACAACUUCGUCCGCACGACCAUCGAUGAGCUAAUCAUGGCACACGAAAAUGCCAGUGUUCGUUCUCAAGCCCCGCAACAACAAAUCAUCGUCCAACAGCAACCGUUGAAGGCUCCAAUUCCAACCUUCGAUGGUGAUUAUGCCAACUGGCCGAAGUUCAAGGCCAUAUUCCAAGACUUGAUGGCCAACUCAGGAGACUCGAACGCGAUCAAGCUGUAUCAUCUGGACAAGGCUCUGGUUGGUGCAGCAACAGGUGCUCUGGAUGCCAAAGUAAUCAGCGAAGGUAAUUACCAGCAAGCGUGGACCAUUCUCACCGAUCGCUAUGAAAACAAAAGGAUCAUAGUCGAGACGCACGUUCGUGGUCUGUUCAACUUGCAAGGAAUGUCAUCCGGAUCCCACAAGGAGGUGCGACGUCUGCUCGAUGAGUGCACCCGCCACGUCGAGAGUCUGAAGUAUCUUGAACAGGAAUUCCUCGGUAUUUCCGAUUUGUUUCUGGUUCAUAUGCUGACGACCGCCAUGGACAACACGACCAGGAUGGCAUGGGAAGGCACACAGAAGAAGGGCGUGCUACCCAAGUAUGCGCAAACCAUUACGUUCCUGCAAUCGAGAUGUGAAAUGUUGGAGAACUGCGAAACAGCUUUCCAGAAGGUUAAUGCGCAGCCCGCUUCCAAAUCGACCCCGAAGGUACAAGCAUUCCAACCGAAAGCAAGCAACCCGAAGGUCCAUGCCGCCGCAACCACACCAAUCAGCAAGGAGGUUUGUGAUUUCUGCCAAGGUGCACAUCGCAACUACCAAUGCAAUGCGCUUGGUAACAUGUCCUUUGACAAACGUAUGGAGAAGGUACGCACAACUGGUGUGUGUUUCAACUGUCUGCGCAAGGGGCACAGCUCCAAGGAGUGUUCAUCACCGAGGUGCUGCCAAAAGUGUCAGAAACGGCAUCAUACACAACUCCACAACGACGAGGUAAACCGAGAACCGAAAGCCAACGUGUCCGUUUCGAAAGAAGAGUCCCGCACAGUUCAACCGAACAGCACGGUAGCAAACCCGCCAUCCGGAAGAGAUAUACCGAGCACAUCCUGCUCGUGUAACUACGCCGAUUCCACGAAAACUGUGUUCCUGCUGACAGCGGUUGUCAACGUGCUGGACGAAAACAAUCAACUGCAUUCAUGCCGAGUACUGCUAGAUAGCGGCUCUCAGAAGCAUCGUGUCAACGUUCCAAUCUGUGGCAUCAACGACGUCAGGACUGUAGCCCACGACAAGGUGAUGGUCAACAUCCGAUCUCGACUCACCGACUUCCAAGCACACGUGGAGUGUUUGGUUACGCCCAAUGUGACAGGUGUCAUUCCGCCAACAAGAAUCGACGUGUCAUCUUGGAACAUUCCCUUCGGCGUCCAACUAGCCGAUCCGGAAUUCUACAAACCGGACAAGAUCGAUAUGCUUCUUGGUGCAGAGUUAUUCUUCAAGUUGAUGCGACCAGGACAUAUCAAACUCGACGACAGCCUUCCCGAUCUCCGUGAAACCUGCCUUGGAUGGGUUUUAGGCGGUGUAUUCACUAACACGAUCCACGCCAAUCAACCACAACAUUCGCUCAUCGUAUCGUUGGAUGACAUCGAGGAAUCCAUUCAACGAUUUUGGAGGCUCGAAGAGGUGCCAGAUUCGAGUCCUCUGACGAAGGAAGAACAGGAGUGUGAAGCCCAUUUCGUCGCCACCCACCAGCGUGAUGAAAAUGGACGAUACCAAGUGAGGCUACCGUUCAAGGAUAACGUGCACGAGCUUAGUGACUGCCGAGCGGUUGCUUUGAAGCGAUUUCAGAUGCUGCAGAGGAGGCUGCAGCGGAACCCCGAUUUGAAAGAGGAGUAUGUUCAGUUCAUGCGUGAGUAUGAAGAGCUGGGACACUGCCACGAAGUACGAGAAGAAGACGAUCCACCGCACCAGCAAAACUACUACCUGCCGCACCAUGCGGUACUUCGCCCAUCAAGUUCGACCACCAAGUGCAGGGUGGUAUUUGAUGCCAGCGCCAAACCAACAGUGAACCACCGUUCACUCAAUGAGGUUCUACAAGUCGGUGCAGUGGUACAGAAAGAACUCUAUGACGUCAUACUCAGGUUCUGCAAGUACCCAGUUGCAUUCACAGCCGACGUGCCGAAGAUCCGUCAGAGCCACUCCGAGUCAUCGGUUACAUAUGGAACAGCAUCGGCUCCGUUCCAAGCUACCAGGUGCUUGCAGCAGCUCGCCGAUGAUGAAUCAACCGAUUUUCCGAUCGGUGCGCAAAUCGCCAAGGAGGAUUUUUACGUCGACGAUGCACUUUUCGGUGCAAAUUCACUUCCGGAGGCCCUAGAAGCAGCAAGGCAGCUGGAAGGCUUACUGAAGAGAGGAGGGUUUUCGCUGCACAAGUGGUGUUCCAACUCAAACGAGUUUUUGGACCACAUUCCAAACGAUCGACUGGAACAGCCCGUUCCAUUGGAAGAAUAUGGACCGAAUGGAGUCAUCAAAGUGCUAGGCUUGCUUUGGGAUCCAAAAGCCGAUCAUUUCCUCAUCGCAAGGCCGCCAAAAUGUGAUUUGAAUCAACGAUCAACGAAGCGUAUCAUCUACUCCGAGGUGGCCAAGCUUUUUGACCCGUUAGGACUUGUGUCACCAGUGAUUGUCGUCGCCAAGCUACUAGUGCAACAGCUGUGGAAGCACAAGAUUGGCUGGCAUGAGCCCGUCAACGACUCGAUACAGGAGCGAUGGGUUGAAUUUGCAAAUACCUUGCCAGCACUCGACAAAAUCGCCAUACCAAGAAGAGUUACGUUCCACGACGCCGUGUCCUACGAAAUCCACGGUUUUGCCGACGCAUCAUCAUUGGCGUAUGGUGCAUGUGUUUAUGUUCGAAGCCUGUUCUCCAACGGUUCCGCCAAGAUGAAGUUGCUGAGUAGCAAGUCCAAGAUUGCUCCGCUACAUGACCUUUCAACGCCUCGAAAGGAAUUGUGUGCCGCAUUGCUACUAACUCGACUCAUUCAGAGGAUUAUCCCAGCCAUGCAAAUGGAAUUCCGUGACGUGGUCCUCUGGUCGGACAGUCAAAUCGUUCUGGCGUGGAUGAAACGAUCAGCCGAUCGCCUCAAGAUUUUUGUCCGAAACCGAAUUCAUGAAAUCAAUACCUCCACUGCAGGAUAUCGCUGGUGCUACAUCCGAUCUGGUGAUAAUCCAGCAGACAUCGUGUCCAGAGGUCAGCUACCAAACGAUUUGCGCAGAAACAAUCUUUGGUGGACCGGACCAAGUUUCCUCACGAAACUCGAGUACGACGAACAGGAGUUAGUCGAUAUCCCCGACCAACAGCUUCCCGAAAUGACAAGCACCGAAAUUGUCACUUCGGCUGUGGUGGAACAGUUUCCACUGUUUUCCCGCUUCAGUGACUUCAGGAAGAUCGAACGCAUCAUGGCAUUGGUACUUCGAUCCAUCGCCAACAUCCGCACCAAGAACAGGUCACAACGUAUCUUCAACCGGUACGUUACUAUUUCCGAACUCCGUCGAUCGAAUUUCACCAUUAUGGGGAUGGUUCAACAGUCAGAGCUAGCUGACGAAAUACGUCGUGUCCAAACCAACAAACCGUGCCGCAAGCUAGGAGGCUUGAAUCCAGUGUUCGUCGAUGGAUUGCUUAGAGUUGGUGGUCGCCUGCAACAUUCGAAUCUACGAGCCGAGACGAAGAAUCCGAUUAUCCUUCCGAACAGACAUCCACUGACGAAGCAGCUAAUCCGCACAAUGCACAUCGAGCAUUUGCACCUUGGGCAAAAUGGCUUGAUUGCUGCUAUGCGCCAGAGGUAUUGGUUGCUGAGCGCCCGUUCAACCAUCCGGCAAGUGACCCGCAAUUGUGUAAGAUGUUUCCGCACAAAUCCAAAUAUGUCAACGCAGCUGAUGGGCAAUCUUCCUCAACCGAGGAUAAAUCCAGCACCUCCGUUUGCAGUGACUGGUGUCGACUACGCCGGCCCAUUUUGGAUCAAGAUGGGAAAUUACCGAUCCAGGCUCAUCAAGGCUUACGUGGCAGUAUUUGUUUGCAUGGUAACAAAAGCAGUGCAUCUCGAGGUCGUGUCUGAUCUCACAUCCGACGCCUUCUUAGCUGCGCUACAACGGUUCAUCAGCCGAAGAGGAAUGGUGCAACAGUUGCAUUCUGACAAUGCCACCAACUUCCGAGGAGCACAACACGAGUUGCACCAGCUAUAUCAACAGUUCCAGGAUCAGCAGUUCACAGGACGUAUCCAGUCCUUCUGUCAGCCAAAAGAGAUCGAGUGGCAUUUCAUACCGCCGAACGCACCCGAGUUCGGUGGCUUGUGGGAGGCCGCUGUAAAAUCGACAAAGAGACAUUUGGUCAGAGUGGUUGGCUAUUCCAAAUUGUCAUUUGAAGAGCUAACAACCAUACUCACCGAAAUCGAAGCAGUUCUCAACUCUAGGCCACUGUUUUCGAUUUCCUCCGAUCCAGCCGACAUAGAGGAAAUUACGCCAGCUCAUUACUUGAUUGGUAGACCACUUACAGCCGUUCCGGAACCAUCCCUUGAAGACAUCCAAAUUAAUCGUCUGAAAAGAUGGCAACAUCUACAGAAGAUGCGUGAGGAUUUUUGGAAAUCUUGGUCCAGAGAUUAUUUGUGCAGCCUUCAACCGAGGUCAAAGAAUACCAAGACGACAUCCAACCUUCGCCCAGGAAUGGUAGUUCUACUGGAGGACAAAAAUCAACCACCGCUUAACUGGAAGCUAGGCCGCAUCAUGCAGGUAUUCCCAGGGCCAGAUGGAUUGGUCCGAGCCAUCGAUGUGUCGUCUAACGGAGCUACCUACCGACGACCGAUCAACCGGAUCGCAGUUUUGCCGAUUGAGGACAACGAGCCACCAACCCUGAGUGAUGUUGAAUCUACGAGUCAACCGGGCGGAGUAUGUUCCGUGCGAAACAAGCUAUAG